UUGUUCCGUGCGUAAACGACUAGAAUGCAAGCAAUUGUGCUUACUCUUAGCCACCGAUAAGUUUUCGUCCGUCGGCGGCUCUGACCGGCUUUUACUUUGGAAUAGGGAUUCGUUCUGGGGCACCACAAUGGGACUGAUAUCUGAUCCCAAUCAAAGAAGGGCAUUGAUCAACCUCCUCACUCGGCUCAACGCUCCAAUCUGUAUCCUCUGCUACAUGGUGGGCGUGGCCUGGUUCAUGGGUUUGGCCUUCGAGCCGUUCACCAUGCGCACGUACAUGUCCGAGAACGCCAUGGGCUCCACCAUGGUGGAGGAACACUUCCCGGCCGGGGAGAGGUCGCUGGUCACGGCCAGGGAAUUUGCCGCGCAGAAAAAGAAAGCCGGCGGGAUGCCGGUGGACUGGCUGGUGAAAACCAUGCAGGAUCGAGGACUGGAGGUGUUCACGCAGAGCUUCUCCCGCAAGCUCCCCUUCCCGGACGAAAACACAGAGAGAUUUUUGGUGAAGGGCACAAAUGUGUACGGCAUCCUGCGCUCCCCGCGAGGGCCGCGGACCGAGGCGCUGGUUCUGACGGCGCCCUGCAGCCAAGGCAACGCCAACAACCAGGCCGUGGGGCUGCUGCUGGUUUUGGCGCAGUACUUCAGAAAUCAGGUGUAUUGGGCCAAGGACAUCAUCUUCCUGGUCAAUGAACACGAUCUGAUCGGCAUGCAGGCCUGGCUGGAGGGGUACCACCACACCAACACCACGGGUAUGAACUGGACGCCCUUGCAGGGCCGCGCCGGUUCCAUCCAGGCCGCGUUCUCUCUGGAGCUCAGCACCGACGUGGUGACCAGCCUGGACAUCGUGCUGGAGGGGCUCAACGGGCAGCUGCCUAACCUGGACCUCACCAACCUCUUCUACGCGUUCUGUCAGAAGAUCGGCGUCCUGUGCACCAUCCAGGGCAAGUUGCAAAGGAACGACUGGGACAGCGCGUUGGGCUACAGCCACGCCGUGCAGACGAUGAUGCUGAUGGUGCUGAAGCAGGCCAGCGGGCGUCCGUGGGGCGACCACGGGCUCUUCAUGCGCUACCACGUGGAGGCGGUCACCAUCAAAGGCAUCAACAGCUUCCGCCAGUACAAGACGGACAUGACCACCGUCGGCAGGCUGUUGGAGGGAAUGUAUCGCAAGCUGAACAACCUCCUGGAGCGCCUGCACCAGUCCUACUUCUUCUACCUUCUUCCCUCGCUCUCCAACUUCGUUUCCAUCAGUUAUUACAUGCCAGCGUUCGGCUUGAUCGGCGUCAUCCUGCUGCUCCGCGCUUUGGAUCUGUGGGUUCAGCUCUCGCCGCCUCCAGUGACACAAGACGGGGUCGCCAGCGCGGAGCAGUCCAGUCCCGGCGCGCUGUCCGUGCUGACCCCUCUGGUGAUCAGCCACAUGACCGGCGUCGCCCUCUACGCGCUGCCCGUCCGCUUCCAGGAGAUGGCGGUGGAGCACUUCCCGGUGUCGGAGACGGAGGCCGUGGUGCUGACGGCCAUCGCCGUUUACACGGCCGGGUUGGCUCUCCCUCACAACACGCACAGACUCGUGUCCGGCGAGGGGACGGAGCAGGGCUGGAGAGUCCUGAAGCUGGUGGCCGUGUUGUACUUGGCCGUGCUGCUGGGCUGCACCGCCCUGGUCAACUUUUCGCUGGGCUUCGUCCUGGCCCUGACGCUGGUCCCUACGGCCGCCGUCGUCACGCCGCACGUGCCCAAGUUCCCGACGGCCGUUUUCAUGGUGGUCCUGAGCCCCGCCGGCACGCUGCUCUUGUCCGUCUUCGCCUUCCGCGAGCUGCAGGAGAUGCCGCUGGGCUUCCAGGACGGCUGGCUGCUCUUCCUGUCGGUCAUCUCGCAGGGCAUCCUGGACCACGAGCUGUACGGGUCGCUGGUCUUCCCGCUGGUGGCGCUGCUGGUGUAUCCCUGCUGGCUGCUCUUCUGGAACAUUCUCUUCUGGAAAUAGACGGCGGGCCGAGCGUCGACAAAAGGUGAUCUCAGGUUCUUUGACAGUGACAUCCCGCUGGAGGGAUGCGCUGCUUCUGUUAGGGAUGGGCAGCCAUCAAUUGAUUGAGUCUUGAAGUAAUGGAGGCAAUAAUGGAGGUGCAGUACUUGGCUUCAGCCGCAUUCAGUCUGUACUCGUUUGCCGUUUGAAGAACUUACAAAGCAAUGUGGAAAAAAUUGAUUGUGACUCAUUUAUUGCCACCUUCCUCAAGAACGCAAAUGGCAUAACCAUAAUUUCCGGCCUGUAAACUGCAACUUUUUUUCCACACCCUUUCAACCCCGCGGCUUAUGCGGCGAAUUUGUGCGGGUUUUUUUUUUUUUUUUUUUUUUUUUCUCCUAACGGCCGGAAGGGGGCACUCCAGCGGAAAAGGUAGGAGUGAGACCGGGGGAAUAUAUGUGCCGAGGAAGUGACUUUUACCGGUCUGGUGUGACGGUCUGAGGGUCUGUUCAGCGUGGUGCUGAACAGUCUUCUUGUGAUUAAUGCACAUACGUGUGUGUGUGUGUGUGGGUGUGUGUAUAUGUGUGUAUGUAUGUGUAUAUAUAUAUAUAUAUAUAUAUAUAUAUGCGUGUGUGUGUGUAUAUGUGCGUGUGAGUGUGUAUAUAUGUAUGUGUAUAUAUGUAUGUAUGUAUAUUUUUACCAGUCUGAAACAUCCCCGUCCAUGCUUCAACAUGUGGCAUUCAAUAACUUGUCGCCAAGUGUUCAUGUUCGCUGUGGACGUCUCAGAAAGACGAACACAGCGAACGCACAUAUUAUAUGUGUAUAUCUUUUUUUUUUUUUUUUUUUUUUUUUUAAAUCAAGUAUUGUUUUAAGGUUAGGUUAGGAUUAUGUUUUAACGUAUGUUAGCUCCGUCUAUGGAGAAGAAGGGGAACUACGAGACCGGGGGAUUUCCCAGUAAGCGUCUGCUACGUGCCCAGAGUUCCCCUGUUAGUCACGCAUGCGCAUUCAUCACAAGGAGACUUUUCAGCACGGCGGAGCGCUCAGACCGUCACACCGGCCCUGUUAGCGCUGCGCUAGCGUGUUACUGCCGUGUCUCAGUGAUUUUUACCGUUUUUUUUUUUUUUUACCGGCCCUGUUAACGGAGCUAGCAUUAGCGUUAGCACGGCAUUGUUAGCCUUAGCGCAGUGGUGCUACCAUUAAACUCCCCGUGUACUGUCUUUCUUUGUAUAUAUCUUGUUUCAAUGUGGGCACUUGCGGCUUUUACGCGGGUUUUUUUACACAUACAUACGCCGGUAUGUAUGUACCAAAUGGUAUUUCCUUCACAAAUGUACUGGGUGAGGCUUACAACCAGUUGCGCUCCGUAGGCCGGGAAUUACGGUAAAUGCCUUCAUUUAUAUUAACAGUUCUUUCAGUGUACUGAUCUCCGACAGCAGGGGUGUCAAACUCAUUUUUUUCCGCGGGCGGUUCCCCUUGUGAAACAAUCCAAAUUCUUAAUGGCCUCAUUAUAUUUACGCAUGCAAUUUAUGAGCUAGUUUCAGAAUCAGAAAUCAAGGUAAAUGGGUUUUUCGGCUAUUGCUCAUGUUUGGUGACACAAAAAUGCUUGCAGUGUCUCAAAGUUGUCAUUUACGACACGACAAUUUGAAAUACUAACAAA